AUGCUUCUUGCAGCGCUAUACGUCCUGACGGCGGGAAUCAGUUCCGCCUACGCGUCUGUAUAUGUAACAGAGCCGGUCGCGGGGACUACGUACAAGGCGGGACAAUACGCUCAAAUAUCUUGGCGCGACGACGACCGCGCGCCACAUAUUCAAGAUAUGGGGCCGAUGACCUUGAAGCUCUUCACCGCCAACGACGAAUACGUAGCUACUCUUGCCAAAGACGUGCACCCUUCUCGCAAACAGCAUGGCGUCUACCUCCCGCAUUCAUUAGGAAGCGACAACACUGAUUACGUCAUGCACUUUGUCAGUGAAGAUCCCAGGCUGACCGUCUACACCGCCAACUUUCCCAUCCGCCCCUCCAAGCCCUCUUCCUCCUCCAAAUCUCACCAUACCACAUCGCUGUACGAGCAACUCGCGGCGCCGAUGGCGGUGGAAGUGAGCACCUACAGCGACACGGCGACGUACACCGAAGCGCCGAUCUACCAACCCGUCGUCACGCUCUUCGCGCAGAACGAGACGAUCACGAGCACGCUCAAGCCGACCAAAUCGGAACUCGCGGACACGACCGUCUUCGAGCAGAGCAUAGCCGCCUUCCCCACGUCCUCCUCCAGCAAGCAGGAGGCCGACUCGAUGGGCACCGUGUACGAGCAGCCGAAGGCAAAAAGCGCGGCCUCCUCUGGCGCACGGUUCUGUCGCGGCGCUGGCGGCAGGUGGUGGAGUGUAGACGCUGAGCGGCUGAAAUUCCAGGCCGUGUUUGUGUUCUGGCCAGCGCUGAUCGGCGUCACGAUGGCACUCUGA